AUGACUGAUAUGUUUCAAUCCAUGGAUAACCGGCUUAUCUCCUUAGAUGAUCGAUUUUUGACCAUAGAUCAGCGCAUUCAGCUCAGGGAGGCAAACAUGGCCCAGAUCAAUGUACGGAACACUCUCCGUCAUAUUCUUCCAGCAGACCAGCGGGAUGAAGUGCCCUGCAACAAUCUGGUUAAAGCGGAUUGGGGAUUAUCUUUAAAGGAAGAGUUGAAAUUCCAUAAGCGACUUAUAAAUCUUAAGAAGUCUGCAAUUAAAAGUAUUCAAACAAGAGAUGGAGAUAUAUAUGACUGUAUUGAUUUCUACAAACAACCUGGCUUUGAUCAUCCUUUUUGGAAGAAUACCACUUUUGAGAUGAAACAUAAUUUGUUUGUAGAAGGAAUGAAAGCCAAAAGGAAUUUGCCAUUAAAUUUUGGACUAAAAGGUGCAGGUUGUCCUUAUGGAACAGUUCCUAUAAUAAGAAUCAAUAAAGAUGACUUGGCAAGAGCCAAAAUGCUUUCAACAAUAUAUUCUUCAAAUAUAGAUGAAGAACCUGGACAUCAUUAUGCAAUACUUCGAACAAAAACUGACCCCAACAGGAAGCUUGUUGGAAUUGAAUCAUAUUUUAGCAUAAAUAAUCCAAAAGGAGUCACUGGAUCUCAGUAUAGUGAAUUGCGGAUGACAUUUUCAAAUAGUUUUGACACCAUAAAAACAGGUUUCACGGAAAUACGUGAUGGGCCAAAUUCAACAAAGUUUGUUUGGACAUUAUACUUUGAAGAAGAGAAUUCUGUAAUUGGUUUUUGGCCCCCGGCACUAUUUGGCAAAUUAAGUGAGUUUGGCAAUCAAGCCGAUUGGGGAGGAGAAGUCUAUAGUCCACUAGAUCAACCUAGUCCCCCUAUGGCCACUGGCCUUCCUCCAUACGGGAGGAAUUCAAGAUAUUCCGCUAAUAGUCGUCAAAUUGCAGCUGCGUAUGAGAAUGCAAAGUUUCAUUUUGUCAAUCCAAUCGAUACAGAGGUGUAUGCGUCUGAUCCACCUGCAUACGAUAUUCAUGAUUUUGGAUAUUAUGAUGAAUAUUGGCGACGUCUUAUUUCUUAUGAUGGUCCUGGCGGAAUCAAAGGAGCUUGA